AUGACUCUCCUCACAGCCCUCGGCCUCCGCCGCAAAAACGACUGGGAGCCCCUAACCCUUAUCGACGCCAUCCUUCUCUCACCCCUAAACCUCCUCGUCACAAUCAUCUACAGCAUAAUCCUCUUCCUCCGCGGUCGACCCUUCACCCCGCCCCGCGACAAGCCCGCCAUCCGCAUCGUCUGCCUCUCCGACACCCACGACCGCACCGACGUUGACAUACCCCCGGGGGACCUCCUCAUCCACGCCGGCGACCUCACCAACGCCGGCACCGUCGCCGACAUCCAGGCCCAGCUCGACUGGCUCGCCGCUCAGCCUCACCAGCACAAGAUCCUCGUAUGCGGCAACCAUGACAGUUUCUUCGAUCCCAGCGCCCGUCUGCCCGAGGACCGCGGCAAGAGCCUCGAUUUCAAGGGGAUCCGCUAUCUCAUCCGUGAUGCCGUCACGCUGGAGUUCAAGGGUGGCCGUCACUUGAAGAUCUAUGGUGCCCCUGAUAUCCCGACCUGCGGCGGUUCAGAAAUGGCUUUCCAAUAUGAUCGUUCAUCACCGCCCUGGACCAACACGGUACCAAUUGACACUGACGUUUUGAUCACUCACACACCACCAAAAACCCACCUAGACCUAAACCUAGGCUGCCCAGCCCUGCUCCAAGAAGUCUGGCGCGUCCGCCCCAAACUCCACGUCUUCGGCCACGUCCACUGGGGCCACGGCCGCCAGACCGUUCACUUUGACGACUGCCAGCGCGCCUACGAGGCCCUCAUGUCCCGCCCGCCCCGCGGCCUCUUCCGCGACCUCUUCCCCCACGCUGGCUGGCGGGACGCUCUCGCCGUCCUGGGCUACGGCAUACACGGCGUCGUCUGGAAGUGGCUCAUGGUCGGGCCCGGCGGCAACACCAGCAGUCUCAUGGUCAACGCCGCGCAAAUGUACGGCAACACGGGGCGGCUGGGGAACCCGGUGGAAGUACCCACCGAUUCGCACGUCGCCUCGACGUCAAAUCCACAAUCCCCACUUCAUCAGAAAAACAUCAACGCGAAUCGUACAACCGCAAUAGCGACCCCCAACCCAACAGCCCACCCAAAGUUCACCUCCGCCACGGACGCCCCUGCACUAACAGACACCAUCGACGGAGUGGGUCUCCCGGUCGCGGGCGGCGUCGCCGCCGCACCAGUCACCGAUCCAGUGGGCCAAUACCCCGUCGACGUCCCGGCUCCGGCCCCGGCCCCGGCCCCGGUGCCCGGCACCGCAAGCACCAAAAACGGCACCGUAAGCGUCACACGGUCCGCGCCGUUGGCACCACACCCGGCGCACGAGGCCACCGUCGUCGUCAUCGGCACGCUCACGGCCGCGGGCUGCAUCCCGUCACCGCCGCAGUACUUGUUGCACCCCGGCACCAGGAUCGUGGUACAGUGCUCCGCGGGCGUCAGGCGCGCCGCGUCGGUGGCGCAGACGGUGGUGUAUGUCACCGUCGUGACGAGCGUCGAUGUGGAUGGGGUAUGGGGUUCCGGGUCGCCCAGGGGCGGGGCGUUGGGGGGUACUUCGUCUGUGAGACGGGCGUAG